CAAUAAGGAAGAGAUUGUGGAAUAGGCGCAAAGUCCGUUGUCAGUCUGUUUGUGGCGCACUCCUGAAGGAAGUAAACCGUGUGGUUCUCAGUUCAUAGAUAACACUUUGAAAGCUUAAUGAACUUUUACUUGAUGCAACGUCUCGUUUCGUUGGCGUUCUGUGUCACGAGCGAUGCGGAAGAGACCCGCUUUAACUGAGCACACAGCUGCAACAAGCUAGCAGUGUCCAGCGCAGCCUCUGUUUCACCGACAAUGUCUUGUCUUCCACAAAACAACUUGAAGGAGCAGCUGGCGAGGCACAGCAAUGCUGCUCAGAGCAAGUUGUCUCUGGCUAAACCCAAACCGGGGGCCUUUUCUUUCAAGAAGUCCUCCUCGACUACACCCAGGGUGGAAGUCCCAACCAAGGUAAUCGGAGCUAAUGUUUUGGCAAACAGGAAUGUCAAUGUCUCUAAGAACAAUUUGGUGACUAAAUCUCAUUUGACAUUUCCAAACAAGCUCGAGAGACCACAAAAAUCCCAAAUCAGCAACUUCGUCCCUGUAAAUUCAAAAAGCAAGUCCGACUCCAUCAGCCCGUCAGGUAACCGUGCUCCUGCAGCAGUGUCUUCUAUUCCACACAACCAGUUUACUGGUGGCAAUGGAAGCAAGUCCAGAAGUCUGGAUACUUCUCUGGGAUUCCCGAUGGAUGACUGGGACGAUCUUGAUGACUUUGAGAUCCCUGUCAAAAAUGACUCUGGGAUGAGCGCCAACCAAGUGUCGUUGUUUAAUGAAGAGAGAGCACAAUCAUCUCUCACGAAGCCUCCGUUGAGCAACUGCCUUGAAAACGGAAAUGGCCUUUCUAGAAGUGAACAAUCUUUUAUGGAAACGGACGAGCUGGAGCACCAAGUCCGCAAUGCAGCAGCUUCACCAGAACAGUGUUUGAAUAAUGAACCAGCGGAGUUUGAGCUUGACGUUUCUCCACUAAAAGCGACCAGAAAACGUCCUCCUGGUCACCGGAGGCCCGUUAUGAGUGAUAGUGAAGAGGACAACGAUGAUGGGCUUGAGCCUUUCAAAACAAAGACCGAUGACGAGACUAAAUGGACUGACCCGAAGGUGAUACAGCUCUAUGACAACUCCGAUCCUGAAGAUGAUCUUGAUUACAUUCCUCCUUCUCCAAUCCCUGAUGAGAUAUCUUAUACUACCUCCGCAUUGGAGACCAGAUCAAAAUCAGUCGAUGCCAAAAGCAGAGACAGUUGUGUGCAAUCAAAAGGACCCAUCGCCACUCUACACGCCUCGUCUGAUAACCACUCAAACGACAAUACAAACGAGCAACUCUUCAGCAUUAUGCAGUGCAUUUGUUCUCUGGUCGAUUCCAUCCCUGAACAUGAAGUGAUCGGUCUGUCCUGUGGCAGUGAGCUUUUGCUGAAGAGGGCUCAAAGGAAGAGAAUUCUUGCCACUGGGGGUUGCAAUUCAUUGAGCAUGCAGCAGCCAGACAGCACUGUGAUUUCCGACUGCAGCCAUAAAAUAAGAUCUUCUUUUAGCUGUGAUACGUCUAGUGUUAUGUCAUCCAGCGGCUCCGGCCCUUCGGACUCAAAGAAGCCUCCUCAGAUCAGGAGAUCUUCAAUCAUCUCUGUGGACGAUGGUUGUGAUCACUCAGACGGUAUCACCAGCACGAAGCCCUCGUAUAGUAGGAAAAGCGGAGCAGAUCAUGCGACAAAUCAGAGUAUCUGUGACUCCCCAUCAACCCACAGGCUGACGGGGCCGUCUUUUAAUUCCUCUAAGAAAUCGACCACACACGCCGAUGGUUCAGAUCGCUUGUUCUCCCCAAAGAAGCCGGAGACUGUUGUUCAGAGCAAAUCUAACACUCCGGCAGCCAGUACCGCAACGGAAGACGUCGAACUAGAUGACUUUUACAAUGACUACUUUGACAUUGACGACUUCAAUGACUCCGAUGUGCCCAGUUACUUUGACGAACCCUCAAACUCCAGCACUGUGGCUUCGACAGCGAAAGAUCUGCGAUCAUGCGAGUCUCCGUGGGGGAACAAACCAACGACUCCUGCACCUGCACCUAAGCCUGCGAAGAUCUGCUCCCCUGAACCCACCUACAGAAACCCAGCCCACGAUCGCUUCCGAGGGUUCAACUUCCCCCACUCACAGGAGAUGAUGAAGAUUUUCCACAAGCGUUUUGGUCUUCAUCAAUUCAGGUUUAAUCAACUUGAAGCGAUCAAUGCAACGAUUCUUGCAGAAGAUACCUUUGUCUUGAUGCCCACAGGCGGUGGAAAAAGCCUGUGCUACCAGCUGCCGGCCUGUGUGUCACCUGGAGUCACUGUGGUCAUCUCCCCACUCAAAUCUCUCAUUGUGGACCAGGUCCAGAAACUCACUACACUGGAUAUACCAGCGACGAGCCUCUCUGGUAGUAAAAGUGACAGCGAAGCAGGAAGGAUUUAUAUGCAGCUCUCUCGGAAAGACCCCAUCAUUAAACUUCUCUAUGUCACUCCGGAAAAGGUGAGUGCAAGUCAGAAGCUGAUCUCCGCCAUGCAGAACCUGUACGAGCGCGGCCUUCUGGUGCGCUUUGUCAUAGAUGAAGCCCAUUGUGUCAGUCAGUGGGGUCACGAUUUUCGUCCGGACUACAAGAGGCUACAUGAACUGCGGCAGAAGUUCCCGAGCGUGCCCAUGAUGGCCCUGACAGCCACCGCCACCCCGCGGGUUCAGAAGGACAUCCUGAACCAGCUCAACAUGACCCGGCCACAGGUGUUCACCAUGAGCUUCAACAGAACAAACCUGAAGUACGCUGUCCUGCCCAAGAAACCCAAGAAGGUUGCAGAGGACUGCAUCGACUGGAUUAAGAAGCACUACCCGCGUGACUCCGGCAUCAUCUACUGCCUGUCCCGUAACGACUGUGACGCCAUGGCUGAAGGUCUGCAGAGAGCUCACAUAUCCGCUCUGUCGUAUCACGCGGGCCUGAGUGACGGCGACCGAGAAUACGUGCAGAGCAAGUGGAUCAACCAGGACGGCUGCCAGGUCAUCUGUGCCACCAUAGCGUUCGGCAUGGGCAUCGACAAGCCCGACGUGCGUUAUGUGAUCCACGCCAGUCUGCCUAAGUCGGUGGAGGGUUACUACCAGGAGUCGGGGAGAGCUGGCAGAGAUGGAGAGAUCUCCCACUGUAUCCUCUUCUACUCGUACACCGACGUCCAUCGCAUCAAGAGGAUCAUCGGCAUGGACAAAGAAGGUGACCGACACACCAAGGCGACUCAUUUCAACAAUCUGCACAGCAUGGUGCACUUCUGUGAGAACGUGAUGGAGUGCAGAAGACUUCAGCUGCUUGCAUACUUUGGGGAGCUGAAGUUUAACAAAAUGUUCUGUAAGGAACACGCAAACGUCAGCUGUGACAACUGUGCCAAACCCAACCAAUACAAGAUGAGAAACGUCACUGAAGACGUGAAGAAGAUUGUAAAGUUUGUUCAGGAGAACUGCGAGAAAGUUGGAUCAAGGUUUGGCAGAACUGCUCAGCAAAACCGGCUGACUCUGAAUAUGUUGGUGGAUGUAUUUGUAGGGUCCAAGAGUGCCAAGGUACAGACAGGAAUGUUUGGGAUGGGAGGAGCCUACUCGAGGCACAAUGCUGACCGUCUCUUCAAAAAACUAGUCCUGGACAACAUCCUGGAGGAGGAUCUUUACAUCACCAUCAACGGCCAAGCCGUGUCGUAUAUAUCUGCUGGACCCAAAGCCAUGAACGUGCUGUCUGGACACAUGCAGGUGGAGUUCUAUGAGACUGAGAGUGCGUCAAGCAUCAGGAAACAUAAAGCUGCUGUGACCACGAACGUCUCCCAGAGAGAGCAGAAGGUUCAGGAGUGUCUGAAGGAGCUGACCGAUCUCUGCAAGCAGCUAGGGAAAGCGUUUGGCAUCCACUAUUACAACAUCUUCUCCACUGCUGCCUUAAAAAAGAUAGCCGAGAAGCUCUCUCCUGACCCGGAGGUCCUCCUUCAGAUUGAUAGUGUGACUGAAGACAAACUGGAGAAGUAUGGCGCUGAGGUCAUUCAGGUCCUAGAGAAGUACUCUGAGUGGCAGCUGCCUGAGGAGCCGCCUGAAACCACGGGAGACGGGUGGAUAGACACGGCACAAGGCCGCUCGUACGGAGAUGACGAUGGCGACGCCGAGUCCUCCGCGUACUUCCGUGGUCAGUCUGCACAGGGACAGAAGAGAAAGAAAGCUCCAUUCUUCAAAUAUUCCAAGAAGAGAAAAGCUUCUGGCAACUCGAAAGGUCGCGGCUACAGCAGCAAUAAGUCGUGGUCGUCGUCCGGCUCCAGAGGCGGGUCCAGCGCUGCGGGACGGGGGUCCAGGAGCUCGACGGGAGACUUUUCAGCCAGCAGGAAACCGGGCUUCCUAAAUGUGCCGGCCCCUCAAACCAACCAGCGACCCUUCUUAAAGCCCACCUUUUCACAUUUGGGCUAGAAGCUUCUUGCGAUCUGACUUCUAGGGUAGCAGACUGCUUUGUCACUACAGAUUUAAAUAUUGGUUGUUAGUAAUGGUUAAUCAGUAUUUACCAGUUAUAUCAACUGUUUAUUGAAACUUUUAACAUCGUUUGUUAUGUACAGUUGAGUGUUUUGCUUAUUGUUCCUUUUCACUGUCCAUUUUGUUUAUAUUAAAGAAUAAUUACCUAAUUAAAAAA